GCGAAAUGUCAGUAGACGCUAGGCUUCAAAACAAAGAAGUGUAUUUAUUUAAAUGAGUUUUGCUAAAGGCUAACCAUGCCUUGGUACCACAAUAUAGUACCUGAAAGUAUAAAGAAAAAUGUGUGUGCUUAUCUCUUACAAAGAUAUUUGGGACAGUUCUUCGAGGAAAAAUUAAACAGAGAUCAAUUAAAUAUAGACUUCUAUAAUGGUACGGGAACCGUUGAAAAAAUCAGCCUUGAUGUUCAGGCUCUCAAUGAACUUGGCGAGCAGCAGAAUUGGCCCAUGGAGUUUGUAGAUGGUUAUAUCGACAAACUCUACUUGAAAGUCCCAUGGUCAUCGAUUUUGAAAGAUUCAAGUUAUGUAGAAGUAACAGGUUUGAAGUUGACGCUUCAACCAAAACAACGACAUGAGUCGGCUACAUCAAUGUUUGAGUCAAUGUGGAAUUCCAUGACCAGUUCCAUGCAACUAGCAGAGGAGUGUGCAAAACAAGAUGCGGAAAGUGCCCCUAAUGAAGCACAACCUUUUGAGGGUCUCGAACUCUUUGCACAAACAAUUGACUCUAUUUUAAAUAGGGUGAAAGUAAAGUUUGUCGACACUGUCAUACAGAUUGAACAUGUUCCUAAAGAUAGCAGUACUGGUGUAGGAAUCAUCAUAAACUUGGACAUCAUCGAUUACUCGGAUGAAUCGGGUAAUGACCCUACUUCUGAUGAAGCCACAGAUUUAACAAAUCAGGACUCAAAAAAAGCCUACCUAGUGCAAUCAUUCACAACAAAAAUAUUUACCAUACAAGGUGUUUCUAUGUCCACAGUAGAGUUUGCUAGUAAAGCUAGAACAUUUUCUCGGUCGGUAUUAUUAUCACAGAGUCAUCAUUCUGAUAAUCAAAAAGACGACUCAUUUGUAACAGUCUUGGAAAAAAGCAAUUUAAAUGAUGAUGGCAAUGUUAGCGGUAGCAAAGGGGAAGAUAAAAAAGUACCUAUGAGUGAACGAGAAAAUCUAUCAGAAAAGCCCACCAACCCAUUUGAAAGCGAUAGGCACGUGAUUUUGUUUGGAAAGUUUUCUAGUACACAAGAGAUAAGAAUUCGCUUGAAGCAGUCGGAAAACUUGUCUGGGCCAAAAGUUUCUAUAGAAGUAAACUUGGGGUCACUAAUAAUGUUCUUCUCACCUAGACAACUGUAUAUUUUUAUCGAAUUAGCUAAAGGUUUAGCAACUCCAGAAAUUGAGGAUACCAGUAACGUAGCACCGAGAACCAAAUGUAUGCAGAGACCAAUGACAGGUUUUGAUUACCAACGUGUUGAGCAAGACUUACAACAUCAGUUACAGUCUCUAUCAAAUUUCAAUGUGGGUGGUCUACAAGGUGCUCACGGAUGGUCUACAGCACCACUGGACGAGAGUGACACAGAUGACAAUUUCCUACCUAUGAGGAACACAGUUGGUGGAAUGUAUGACAGUACUUUAUCUGGCAUCAGUAGUAGUAUGGAAUCCAGUACAAAUUCUAGCAUAGCAAGUUCGGUUACGGAGCAAAGCCAUCGGACAAGACGAAGAAUAAACAACAUAGAAACAGACCCCACAGCCGAGAUCUCUCAUUUCCAAAUAAGACUGGCAUCGCUAGCCACGGUAUUACUACACGAAGAUUUACUUGUAAAACCAGCUGAUUCCAAUCACAUUUUGGCCGCCCCCAGUGUACAUCAAAUGCAACGCACUGUCGAUCAUUUCUUUAGCAGCUUAGGACAAAUGGUGAUCACUGCCUAUGGGAAUAAAGAUUUUGAAAAUACCAAGGCCACGUUCGAGAAGGCAUGCAGUCUGAAUCACUUAAGGUUGUUAGCUGCACCAGUUCAGAUCGAGGGCGACGAAAAGACAACUCUCUCUGCAUUUUCAAUCACUGCCCAGAUCAUCGCUGCUAAAAUGGAGCUCCUCGAGUGUCUUUAUGCUGCUCCUGAGGGUCCUGUGGAAUACGUACCUUUAUUAACGUUCGAUGAUGCUGCUUCCUUGCAAACGGCUAGUCCUGUCACUGCCAAACCUAGCUUUAAAAUGAACUUCAAACAUAUCGAAAAGACUGCAAAGAAAGGUAGUUCGAGAAGGAACAGUGGUCCUAGAACAGACAUUUCCAUAUCUUUCAACAAAUGUAUGGUGGACCUCGACAUUUCAAUUGCGGAUCGAAUAACAGCCCUAUUAAAUCCCCCUGCAAUAUGUGUCAUGGAAAAACGUGCAUACAAUCCUUGGGGUACUCAUUCUCGGCCUGAACAGCUCCAGACAGAGACUCCCGUAGAAUCUAGAUUAGAUCUGAAAAUUACGUCACCAGCCCUUUAUAUAAAAUUAAGAUUCCCGAUACCAGAUUUUCGCCCUCCACAUGACAUGAAUAGAACUCCCUGGUGGAAGAGACACGUCAGGCCUGAUUACAUUUCCCUGGUGCUAUACGAGGCGCUGAUGCACACAAGUUUCCAAACUAGUCAGAUAUUCCAGGAGUACGAUAUACAAAGUAGGGGAUUGGAUAUAGUUUAUUACGAAUCGGAGAGCAGCGUUGGUUUGCCAAUCGGAAAGGCUGGAUUCGAUGAAAAGUUUGCUUCAUCUAUGCAGGAUGUACUUCUUCAGUCAAGACUGACUAUUAAGGUGUUUCCUGUAAAAAAUGAGGAUGCAGAUCAGUACAAUUUACCAGAGCAAGAUCCCAUGACUACUUCAUUUUACGGUGCCUUUGUGGAUCAAAGAAAUGAGGAGCCGGGACCGUUUAGUGCAAAAAGGGUUGUACACGAAAGCGAUACUCCCCACUCUCCACAAAAAGAUGAUGCUGAAGAGUUAAUUUUGCCAGGCGAUAAACAGGAAAUUGAUGAAUUCAUAAAAUCCACCACGGACAAUUGUAAGAUCCAGGUGGAAGUAUUUCUACCGAUGCUUUCGGUGCAGCUACAUUCAAAACAUAUUUAUGAACUCAUCUAUAAUAGAAUCAAUAACGAUCUGUUACUAUGGGAAUGUAGCGCCCCAAAACCCAAAAGUAACUUGUAUGACACCCCCACCUACUCUAAUUUUGGUGCUUUCGGUGCUGGUCUUGCCCCCGAAGGGCAAGACAUUUUCAAAAUGUGCAAAAGUGGAAUUCAGUAUGAAUCGGAAAGUGAUAGUGAAGAAGAUUCGAGUGACAUUGGUGGCAAUAUUUUCUAUUCAACCUGCGCUAGCCAUAUGAAGUUCUCAAGCAGGUAUCAGCCCCAAGAAACCGAAAAUAAAAGCAAGGGACAAAGCUAUUUGGUGUUAAACAUUCAAAUUGGUCAGGGCUUGGCCUGUUUGAACCCACCUGUGAGGGACGUGACGACCAACAAUGUUAUACCGGGACAGCAAGGAGAGUUCCUGCUGGGUCUGGAAGAUGCCAAUAUUUUCAUAGUUAGUGGAUACAAGGGUGACAAUGAUUUGGGUUAUGUCUGUGUGCAGGUUCACAAUUCCCAACUUCAUCAUUGUGAUAUGAUCACUAUACCAAAUGUAAGACCUCCACUAAAGGAGGUCGGGUCAGCACCGGGUAGGCACCUACAUUGCACUAUCCAAAAAUCUGAAAGUGGAAUGCUUGCAACCGCCAAAAAUAGGGGUGGAAACCGAGAGAUGUUAACUGUCGCAAUGAAAAUUCAAGCCAGUCAUGAAACUCAUAACGUAAAGACGAUUCAAGUGGCUGUGGGCAUAAACAAAGCAACUUUAAGACAUCGAAUGUGCAAUGAACCCAACACAUGGAUAUCACACAUGUUGGACUUCUUUAAUCCGCAAGAUUACCCUAUUCCUGGUUAUCAUGCAAAAGAUGUGUUAAUUGAAUUGCAUCUACAUCUCUGGGACUGCUCCAUUGAUUACAGACCCUUACAUAUGCCGAUAAGGUGUGCCAUAACAGUGGGGAAUUUCAGCAUGUCAUCUCAUCUGUCCGCUCAAGCUAAUACUUCCACUCUUCGCUUUAUUUUCGAGGAGUGCGGAUUAUUCCUGAGCGAAAAAGCCCCUCCAAGAAACGGGAUUGCAUCAUCUGCACCCGUUGAUUUAAAAAGGGACUAUGUCAACGUUAUCGAUCUGGGACUAUUUGAACUGAGCUUGAAAACAAACGAUAAGAAGAGCGGCAUCAACCCUCACAUCGACUUACGUGCCUCAAAUGACAUCCUGAAUAUUCACACAUGCUCCGAUAGUGGACGGGCAUUAAUGCAAUUAAUAACAUACUUUGCCGAAGACGGAGACAUCAUCAGUUCUUCGCCAGCGACAUCCGACAAAACCCCAUUCUCUAGUCCCAAACACCAGGUUGAGCAGCAGUUAGUCAAUGUGGAACCGCAAGACGUCACUAAUCUGUCGAAGAGCGAACACGAGUAUAUAAACGCUAUGUUGACGGACGCCAUGAAGGAAAAUGAAUGUGAAGAAGGAGAUCCUGAAACGUUUGCCAGGGGAGGAGCGAAACUAUUUUUCUUCCCCGACGAGCACCAGUUAUCUCAGGAUCCCCCCGCCAUGCCCCUACCUCAAGUAACCGACGAAUUAGGUGAUGUUGCCUACCAGGUAUGUACCUGCGAGGUUGAAGAUGAUGACGAGUUUUGUAUAGUAGAUAACGACGAGGAUUUGGGGAUAUUCCCAAAGAGUGGCGAGCCGGAGAUCAUCUGGUUCACCAACGAGCCCGUGCAUAUCAUAGACAACUUCAUCUCGAUACCCGUCGGUAGGAUGGAUGCCCUAAAAACUCCGGAGCACUUUCCCACUCCCAACAUGAGAUACACUCUCUGUGAAAUGACUAUUGUUUGGCACAUGUACGGCGGGAAUGAUUUUAAGGUGCCAGAUAAAGAGAGUAAAAAGAAGACUGUUAACUUCUCUGAUACAAAGUUGGAUACAAUUAGUUUUUCUAAUAGAGAUGCAGGUUUUGUGAAUAUAACCAGUGCUGCGGAUAAGAAACUGGAAAACAUUCCAUGGACACUGAGGGGUGGUGCUAGUAGGGAUCACAGUGUGUUAAUGGAGCUGCAACUUAACAAGGUGCGAUUUGUACACGAGAUUUAUCCAGAAACCACAAAGGAAGCCUCGAGGCAGGUUUUGACCAUUUCAGAAGUAGAAAUUAGAGAUAGAUUAGAAUGCAGUCAAAUAAAUAAGUUCUUAUACGAAUACAUUAGUCAGGCCAGACCAAAACAAACGAAUUCUAACAUGGUUGUUAUCAAAGCAGUCCAUAUCAGACCCGAUCCCAAGUUGAAAACCCAAGAGUGCAUACUGAAGGUGUCCCUGUUGCCCCUUCGGCUGAACAUCGAUCAGGAUUCUUUGCUAUUCUUAAUCACAUACUUCCAAGAGCUUGCAGGAAGCACUUCGACGACUACAGAAGAGAAGCAGAACCCGCCUUCCAAACAUGGUACACCCACUCAUCAACCACCAGUACUGUGUAUAGGGGAAGGUAAUGAAGAAAUGAUAAAACAACAUGCCAAAAAAGUAGUAAACGAGAAUUUAAUAAUGCUUAUAGAGGAAAACAGAACACAAGAAGAAUCAAGCGAAGACACUGGUCCCUCCACCAGUUCCGUUUCUGAUGACUCGCCCAUAUACUUUAGGUCUAUAAUAUUUACUCCAGACGUACCGAUACGCUUGGACUACCACGGUAAACGCGUGGAUAUGACACAUGGUUCUCUCCCUGGCCUUCUCAUGGGACUGGGUCAGUUGAAUUGUUCAGAGUUAAGACUGAAAAGUGUGAGUUAUCGCCAUGGGUUGCUCGGAUUUGACAAAUUGAUGUCGUUCUUGUUGCAAGAGUGGCUGAAUGAUAUCAAGAAGAACCAACUGCCCAGUCUGCUUGGCGGUGUCGGCCCGAUGCAUUCAUUAGUUCAGUUAUUCCAAGGUGUCAGAGACCUAUUUUGGUUACCUAUCGAACAGUAUCAGAAAGAUGGACGUAUCGUAAGAGGACUUCAAAGGGGAGCGAAUAGUUUCACCACGUCAACCGCUAUGGCUGCUUUAGAAUUAACUUCACGAAUUAUCCAUCUAAUACAGGUAACUGCUGAAACCGCUUACGAUAUGUUGUCGCCUGGUCCUAGUGUAAGGCGAAAGGGCAAGGCCAAGGGCCGCAGGAAGAGGUACCAUCAGCCGCAGGACAUCAGGGAGGGCAUGACGAAUGCUUACAAUGUCGUCAAAGAGGGAAUCGGUGAAACAUCAGACAACAUCUUGCAGGUGGUGUCUCGGGAAAAAGAACAAAAGGGCUACAGCGGUAUGGUGGGUGGGGUACUGCGCCAAAUCCCUCCGACAAUUCUAAAGCCCGUCAUAAUAGCAUCUGAGGCCACUAGCAACGUUCUAGGGGGUAUGAGAAGUCAGUUAGUUCCUGACGCCAGAAGGGAAGCUAAUCAAAAAUGGCGGUGUGAUGAUGGAUAAAUAUUUUGUGAUAUACUUAACAGACUGCUGUUUGUGAUUAUUUUUUAAAUUUGUAAGGUUUAUAUAAGUUUAGAUAAGAGAUAUAUGGUAAAGAUUUUAUUUUAACUAUUACAAUAAACAGUUUUUUAUUUUAA